UCAUCAAAAAAAAUGGCAACAACUUAUCAGUCAACAUUUGACCGUCCACACACCACGACCCAUACGGGUCACUACCAAUAUGAUACCGCCGGUAACAGACUUCCUUACUCUCAACAACACCAUCAACAAGGCGGGGGCCCAUCAAGUGGCAAAAUAUUAGCCGUUGUGGCUUUACUUCCACUUGGUGGAAUCUUACUUGGGUUAGCCGGUCUUACUUUUGUUGGGACACUUAUAGGCUUAGCUAUAGCCACCCCACUUUUCAUCCUUUUCAGUCCGGUUAUUGUGCCAGCCCUGCUAACAAUUGGGCUGGCUGUAACCGGGUUUUUGACAUCUGGGACAUUCGGGUUAACGGGUUUGAGUUCUUUGUCGUAUUUGGUUACCAUGUUGAGGAAAGUGACUCCAUCUGUUCCUGAUCAAAUGGAUUAUGUAAAAGGAAGGUUACAAGAUGUGGGAGACUAUGCUGGACAAAAGACCAAGGAUGUGGGCCAGACUAUUCAGAACAAGGCCCAUGAUAUUGGCGAAAUGGGCCAGGGUGGUCAAGGUCAUAUGAGUGGUGGUGUUGGUGGCGGUGGCGGUGUUGGUGUUCAUGCUCAAAUUGGUGGUGAUGUGAAGGAAAGUGGUAAAAAAGGAAGUGGCAAAAGUGGUGAUAGAACUUGAGGAUUUUAGAGAGAUGGGGGUGUUUGGGAAUAAUGUUUCAAGUGUGUAAUGCUUAGAUGUUACUAAGCUUUUGUUUGUUUGUAUAUUUGGUUUUUGUGUCAUAAAAACGGGAUAUGUAUGUUUGUU